ACUGAAUAGUAAAUCGUGUGUAUGUUUUGAUGCCACAUUUGGAUCAUUUAGGUGGCGGAAGAGGGUGGAAGUUUGUGCGUGUGAAAAUGAAGACUUAUGAAAAGGGGGGACAUUAUGAUUUUCGUUAUUUUUAUCGUGCUAUUUCAAAAUUCAGAAAAACUUGGCCACUAUUUUAUACGUUCAAUCUCUUUUAAGAUUCACCUUUUAUUUAAACUCUCAGAUUAAACUAUUAAAAUUCUUGCAUCUACCAGGGAAAAUAGUAUAUACUACGCAUGUCUCUGUAUUACCUUUGUCUUGUGCAAUCGUUUCGUAAAUGAUAUUUUUGUAAAUUAAUUUAUCUAGUAUGUUAUCUUUAAAAACUCUCUUUGUCAAAAAUGACAUAAUUAUUUUUUUGAUAGCGUUGACAUGUGUACUAAAAUAUAUAUGUACCAGUUGUAAUAAAAUUAAACUUAUUAAUCUUUGUAUGCAAAUACAGUUUGUUUUCAUAUUUAAAUUCAGUUGGCGACUAUAUUGAGUUAUGUUUCUUAGGCUUCAAAACCAUGACAUGAUUUGACAAGUCGGUUUGUUAGUAAACAUUUAAACCACGUGCUCGCUGUGUAUUGGCUUUUGUUAACAAGUAUACAGGUAUAUGAUUAGAAACGUGUUCACUUAAUAUCUAAAAUUAACUACUCCGGGAAAACAUUCACAUGUGCAUAAUUUAUUCGUCGUCGUUAUUAAAAUGAUGCGCCAUUCGGUCAUAGAAACAAAGAGAAGUCAAUAUAAAGUUCGCCAAAAUUAGGUGUCAACUAUUAUGUAAACUUCCUCGUAUAUAUAUAGUAUUGUUUUCAUGUUAAGAUUCAAAAUGACGUAUUAAUAAUAUUAUGACACAUAUAAAUAUUUUUAGAAGCAUAAUACUUUGUAUCCGAGACGAUAUUGCUGUCUGGUUUGUUCUUUUGCGUCAUCACUCGAGAUUUCGCGGGAAUUGGCAGUAGUAUACUAUAAUCAGCUGAUCAGCUGAGAAAAAGUUAACUGAAUACAAACAAAGCUCCAUGAUGUUUGAAAAUGACGACGACGUAUUUUCUCCCAAAUUAAAUUUUGAUGACAAUAAUAAUAACACAAAUGGAAGUUUUAAAUUUAAUGAAGAGGAUACCAUGCUGGCAUUAGCUACAGAAGAAUGCAUGAAGACUGGGACUUUUAUGCCAUUGUUGAAGGAAGAACUCAAAUGUAAAAUUCUGGCCAAAUGUCACGAAGAAGGAAAACAGCUAAAUAUUAAAUCGGAACAAAGGAUAACAGCUCCAAAGAAAAAGCUUCAACCAGACGAAGAAAAGAAAUUAGAAAAACGGAGAGAACAGAACAGAAGAGCAGCGAAAAAGUUCCGGGAAAGAAAACGAAGUGAUACGGACAGACUUGAACAGGCGACAACAGAAUUAGAAGUGCUUAAUCACGAAUUACGAGAUGAAAUAAGAAGACUGUCUACAGAGUACCGUGAAUUGCAUGUAUUAUUGACAACCCACUCAUGCGUGGUAGAUAAUACUCCUUCAGUGUACGGCGAAUUGGGAACCUGAGACGCCAUCUACUGAUAAUGAUCGUACAGUCACUACGACAUGACUGUUUACAAGACAGAUACAAUAGUCUAAAGAUGAUCUGAUGAACUUGCCAAUAAACUCCACAAUGACUCGAUGAUCUAAACAAUUUAACAACAAUAGAUUUUGUUAUGAAUUACAAAAUACCUGCCAAUUUGAAACUUUUGACAAGAUAUUGACAAGAUAGAUUUGUUUUAUUCUCCACAGAUUAAAAUCAAUAACAUUUGUCACGUGAUCAAUAACAUUUAUCACGUGGAGGGAGUAAUCUACAAAAGUAAUUAUUUAUUGUUAUACAUAUAUGUGUGUACAUGAUAUGUGUUGUUCUAUUUGUUACUUAAUUGAUCUCAAUUGUAAAUUACUGAAAUUUAUUUUCAUAUUAAAAGUUUUAGUGUUAGAA